AUGGCGCAGCAAGGAGCUCAGCUCGACGGAGCAAAAUUCUGCUGUUCGAUCUGUCUGGAUCUACUGAAGGAUCCGGUGGCUAUUCCCUGUGGACACAGCUACUGUAUGAGCUGUAUUAACAACUUUUGGGAUGGAGAGGAUGAGAAGAAAAUCUACAGCUGCCCUCAGUGCAGACAGACCUUCACACCGAGGCCUCUCCUGUGUAAAAACACCAUGUUAGCAGAUUUAUUGGAGGAGCUGAAGAAGACUGGACUCCAAACUGCUCCUGUUGAUCACUGCUAUGCUGGACCUGAAGAUGUGGCCUGUGAUGUCUGCACUGGGAGGAAGCUGAAAGCCUCCAAGUCCUGUCUGAACUGCCUGGCCUCUUACUGUGAGAAACACCUCCAACCACACCGUGAUGUAGCUCCUUUAAAGAAACACCAGUUGGUCGACCCCUCCAAGAAGCUCCAGGAGAACAUCUGCUCUCGUCAUGAUGAAGUGAUGAAGAUGUUCUGCCGUACUGAUCAGCAGAGUAUCUGUUAUAUCUGCCCUGUGGAUGAACAUAAAGGCCACGACACAGUCUCAGCUGCAGUAGAAAGGACUGAGAGGCAGAGAGAGCUCGAGGUGAGUCGAAAGAAAAUCCAGCAGAAAAUCCAGGACAGAGAGAAAGAUGUGAAGCUGCUUCAACAGGAGGUGGAGGAUGUCAGUCACUAUGCUGAUAAAGCAGUGGAGGACAGUGAGAACAUCUUCACUGAGCUGAUCCGUCUCCUCCAGAAAAGAAACUCUGAUUUGAAGCAGCAGAUCAGAUCUGAGCAGGAGACCAAAGUGAGUCGAGUCAAAAAGCGUCAGGAGGAGCUGCAGCAGGAGAUCACUGAGCUGAAGAGGAAAGAUGCUGAACUGGAGCAGCUCUCAAAUACAGAGGAUCACACCCAGUUUUUAAAAGAUUAUACACCACUAUCACUGCCUAUUCCCUUAAGAAUGCCAUACUUUCCUAUAUAUCCUGAAGUGUACUUAGUGGAUGUAGGAGAGGCUGUGUCAGAGGCUGAAUCUACACUAAAGGACAUUCUGAACAAGACCUGGUCUAAGCGGUCUAUGAUAGUACCUGAAGUCAAUGUUUUACCAUCAAAUCAAGAAGCAGAACCGAAGACCAGAGCUGAAUUCUUACAAUACUCACGCCAGAUCACACUGGAUCCAAACACUGCAAACAAACAUCUGUCACUGUCAGAGGGGAACAGAAAAGCAACAAAAACAAAAAAAUCUUUGUCUUAUCCUAAUCAUGCAGACAGGUUCCUAUGGUGUUGGCAGGUCCUGAGUAGAGAGAGUCUGACUGGACGUUGUUACUUUGAGGUGGAGCGGGAUGGGAGAUGUGCAGUAGCUGUGAGAUACAAAGAUAAUAGCUUCAUGCAAACUACUUCAUAUCAAAGUCCAUUUGGAGACAACUACAAGUCGUGGGCAUUAGAUUGUUGCAAAAUUAUGCAUGUAUUCAGACAUAACAAUAACUUCACAGUCAUCCCGGGUCCUCAGUCCUCCAGAGUAGGAGUGUACCUGGAUCAGAAAGCAGGUAUUCUGUCCUUCUACAGCGUCUCUGAAACCAUGACCCUCCUCCACAGAGUCCAGACUAGAUUCAUUAGGCCUCUCUAUGCUGGAUUGCGGUUUUACGACUCUCCUUUUGAAUCCGCUGCUGAGUUUUGUAAAGUAGAUUGAAGAGGAAAGGUGGGAGUUCAUGUGGUGGCAUUCCUUCUGUCUGUCCUGAUAUAUUAGCUAUUUCUGAUCAGGCUGAUUAAUCAAUCAACAACUUUGAGAAAAUGGAUAGCUGUCAAGUAAAUGAUUGCCGUCAUUUGUAAAGAUGAGCCUUAAACAUCCUGCAGAUUUAACAACAAAGAUUUAUUGCUUAGUUGCAAAAUAACUGAGUUGCUUGUCUUGAAAAACGAUGAAAUUAUUGUCCUGUGUUUGUAACCGAUCAUAUUCUUGUUAUGACUGUGUGAAGAUUUGUGGACGUAAACAAACUUUUACAUUUUAUAAUAUCAGCUUUUAAUCUGUGUAUUACAAUACCUGAUAACUGGCUCCAG